AUGGAAAGAUUGAUGCAGCUAAAUCAAAAAAAAAAAAAAAAACCCCCAAACCAAAAAAACCCAGUGGUCACCCAUCAACCAGGUGCAGGCGGCUAUGGGACAAAUGUCCAAACAGGAGAGUGGAGCACGGGCCUGUGCUCCUGCUGCAGUGACUUGUUUGUCUGUGCUCUUGGUUGCUGCUGUCCACUUGCAUUGAGCUGCUACACAGCAAAUAAGUAUGGAGAAAACUGCUGUUUGGGUUGUGUGCCAGGAGGUUCAACAGCUAUUAGGACUCACAUGAGACUGACUUAUGGUAUUCAGGGAACCAUAACAAAUGAUGCCUUGAUGACCUUUUUCUGCGGAUUGUGUGAGAUGUGCAGGAUGGCGCGAGAAAUACGCAUCAGAAAUGGAGACAUUUCAUCUUAAGAAGGCAUAAAGGAUUCUGGUCCACAGUAUUUUCUGUUUGUUGAUGAUGUCCAGCUAUUGUGGAAGGAAUUUGUUAAUUCUUGUAGCAGGCCUAGCUUUCGUGCAUGCAACAAAGAAUGAGCAGCUUAUUAAUUAUGCAAUUCAGUGUAUUACAUGUUAUAUUUUACCUGUAACCUUGUAUGUACCAGUCUAACUGUUUGACAGUGUUAGUACUAUCUGCAUUACUGUAAAUAAACUGCAUUUUUCACACUCACAACAUGAUUAAUUACAUUUAAGAAUGAGCAGCUUAUUAAUUAUGCAAUUCAGUGUAUUAAAUGUUAUAUUUUACCAGUAACCUUAUAUGUACCAGUCUGUUUGACAGUGUUAGUACUAUCUGCAUUACUGUAAAUAAACUGCAUUUUUCACACUCACAACAUGAUUAAUUACAUUUAAGCAUGAACCAUUUUGUACAACAUUGUCAAUAAAAAAAUAGAUUGUUUAA